CCGUUUAAUUAAUGUUUAUCCUCCCGUGGGGCAAUAAGUUUAGAUGUCUUGUUUUUUAUAGGCUAACGUUGGAGCCCUAGUUGCGUGCAAAAGCGCGUCCUUAUCCGUCAGCCCUGCGAGCUAUUGGAGAUCUUGGUUGUUCUCACCAUGGCUGUGAGGUUUUUAAUUGCUGCCUUGCUGGUCGCAGCUAGCGGUGGGGUUGGUGCCGCGCCUGAGCUCCAACUCCGGGAGCAGCAUGAGAAACUGCUCCUGGACGCCAAGGCGAACCCCAUGGCAGCCUUUCAGCAGUGGAUGAUGCAAUAUACGAAAGCCUACGCUAACGACAUAAAGGAGCUCGAGACCCGUUUUUCCGUGUGGCUGGAGAACCUUAACUACAUUCUCGCCUACAACGCACGAACCACUUCCCACUGGCUCCAUCUUAAUGCCUUUGCCGACUUGACAACCGAUGAAUUCCGCAAUCGCCUGGGCUACGACUUCAAGGCUCGUCAGGCGAGCAACCGCCUUCAGUCCUCGCCUUUCAUCUACGACAAUGUCGACGCGAAUCAGUUACCAACGGAAAUCGACUGGCGCAAGAAGGGAGCGGUGACUGAGGUGAAGAACCAGGGGCAGUGCGGUUCUUGCUGGGCUUUUGCGACAACGGGCAGUGUCGAGGGCAUCAACGCCAUUGUGACCGGCGAGCUCGCGUCGCUGAGCGAGCAAGAGCUUGUUGACUGCGAUACGGAUGAGGACAGGGGCUGCAGCGGUGGCCUGAUGGACUAUGCAUACCAGUGGAUUAUCAAGAACGGAGGCCUUGAUACAGAGGAUGACUACCCAUACACGGCCGAGGACGGAGUCUGCGUCGCUGCCAAGAAGAACCGCCGUGUCGUCACUAUCGAUGGCUAUGUCGACAUCCCUGAGAACGAUGAGGUCGCUCUGAAGAAGGCCGCGGCUCACCAACCCAUCGCUGUUGCCAUCGAGGCCGACGCCAAGUCGUUCCAGCUAUACGGAGGUGGUGUUUACGACGACCCAACCUGCGGCACAUCCCUCAACCACGGUGUACUGGUUGUUGGUUAUGGCAAGGACCCCCACUUCGGCAACUACUGGAUUGUCAAGAACAGCUGGGGUCCCGAGUGGGGAGACAACGGCUAUAUUCGUCUCCGGAUGGGCGCGGAGGAUGUCCAGGGCAUGUGUGGCAUCGCCAUGGCGCCUUCCUUCCCCACUAAGAAGGGUCCUAACCCGCCCACGCCUGGCCCUACCCCGGGCCCGGGCCCCAAGCCAUCGCCUUCGCCCAAGCCCCCAUCCCCCCAGCCUGUCAAGUGCGACGAUGACAAUGAGUGCCCGGCUGGCAGCACGUGUUGCUGCGUUAUGGAGUUCUUCAACAUGUGCUUCCAGUGGGGGUGCUGCCCGAUGCCCAAGGCCACCUGCUGCAGCGACAACCAGCACUGCUGCCCCGCCGACCUGCCUGUGUGCGACACCGUCGGGGGUCGUUGCCUGCCCAAGGCUGGUGUCAUGUUCGGCUCUCAGCCUUGGUCGCGCAAGACGCCCGCCAUGCGCAGUCCAGGUGGCUUCGUGGACCGCAUUUUUGGCCGCGGCUUUGUGCGCAAGAACCAGGAGCCCAAGGAGAUGAAGCCGCAGUAAUGAGGAACCCGUUAGGUCUUCUUCGCUCCCGCGCUGCCUCGAUCUGGGUCGGCAGAAUUUGUCUGGAGGUUUUGGGGAUUUAUGAAACGUGUGCGUCAGGCUGUGGGGGUCCUCGGCGUGCGUUCUUGUAUCUCGCAGCUGUUUGCUUUGCUGUCAUGUCGGUAAGAGUGGGAUGUGACGUGCGGCGACAUGCUGUUGCGACGAUACCCAGGUCGGGUGGUCAGGGAAGCACAUUGGAAGGAUCCGCCCGUGUUGCCCUGUCGACGCCGAAGGCAGGCAGCCACACAUGCACGCUUCAGUAGACAGAGUGGUAGAUCUCUUAUACUGUGCAGGCCUCGUUAUUAUCAUUUAGUGUAUGCACAAAAUGUUGCGCUAUAGAAGGCGGUCCGGGGGCAGAAGCAGGCCACCACAAAAUAUACACGUGGUUUUGGGGUUUUUAAGGCAUGGUGAUGAACCCCUUUCAGGGACGUUAGUGACGGACCUUUCCAAAUGGCAACAAGCAGGUUCAAGCUAGCUGAGAUCUGGUUAGGAAUUUCUCUACGAUGUCAGUCGUCAUGCUUGGGUUUAGUUUCUACCCUUGACAUGGAGGGCGGAAAUCUUGUUCUGUAUAAUGGAGACCUUUCAACGUCAAUAAUAUGUGUUGCGUCGCAUUUUGUCUUUUGCCGGUUUGUACUGUCGUGCAUUGGGCGUGAACGGCGCAUGUUGACCUAAUGCGACAUGUGAUUUGCAUUGGUUGCGCCGUAACUGAACGAUGCUCUUCAUGUAUACAUACAAAAGUGUAGAGGUCCUUGUUUUGUUGUGGCAAAAUUUUUGCUUUGCCGUGAUGCCGGCUCGUAACGAUAUAUCACACGGCAAACAACCAAUCAUUAUUGUACAUUAGCAGCAAGCAGCCCUUUGUCCAAUCACGUUUGGACACGGGCCGACAUGUUCUCUUUCGCGGACGGAUUUGUGGGCAUCUGGGAGUGUACCUGUGGCACGGCGGGGGCUGAUGCAUUAUCAAUGUUCGAUGUUGUACUGUAGCAUCUCCGGGAUUUCUCGCGAGGACCGUACCUGUAAAAAACCCCAUGGAU